AUGAUUGUAGAUCCUUAAGCUUGCAUUAGUCAUGUUAGGUUGCUUCUCAGAAAUCAUUUUACAUUAGGCUUAGUAGCUAAAGCUUGAAAGAUGUUUCAGUUUAUUAUAUUUAUUGGAUUGGCUUUACUGAUUGGUAAAUCAAUACCAACAGCAGCUGAAGCUACAUCUACAACUGUGACAGAAUCACCAACUACACCAGCAUCUACAUCUGAAUCAAUAACAACAGCUGAAUCAACAACAACUGAAACUACAUCGACAACUCUAACAGUAACACCAACUACGCCAGCAUCUACAUCUGAAUCAACUACAACAGCUGAACCAGCAACAACUAUAACUACAUCUACAACUCUAACAGAAACAUCAACUACGCCAGCAUCUACAUCUGAAUCAACUACAACAGCUGAAUCAACAACAACUGAAACUUUAUCUACAACUCUAACAGAAUCACCAACUACGCCAGCAUCUACAUCUGAAUCAACUACAACAGCUGAACCAACAACAACUGUAACUACAUCUACAACUCUAACAGAAACACCAACUACACCAGCAUCUACAUCUGAAUCAACAACAACAGCUGAAUCAACAACUGAAACUAAAUCUACAACUCUAACAGAAACAGCAACUACGCCAGCAUCUACAUCUGAAUCAACUAAAACAGCUGAGCCAAUGACAACUGUAACUACAUCUACAACUGUAACAGAAACACCAACUACGCCAGCAUCUACAUCUGAAUCAACUAAAACAGCUGAACCAACGACAACUGUAACUACAUCUACAUCUACACCUGUAACAGAAACACCAACUACGCCAGCAUCUACAUCUGAAUCAACAACAACAGUUGAAACUUCAUCUACAACUGUAACAGAAUCACCAACUACACCAGCAUCUACAUCUGAAUCAACAACAACUGAAACUACAUCUACAACUCUAACAGUAACACCAACUACGCCAGCAUCUAUUUCUGAAUCAACAACAACUGAAACUACAUCUAUAACUCUAACAGUAACACCAACUACACCAGCAUCUACAUCUGAAUCAACAACAACUAAAACUACAUCUACAACUCUAACAGUAAGACCAACUACACCAGCAUCUAUUUCUGAAUCAACAACAACUGAAACUACAUCUAUAACUCUAACAGUAACACCAACUAGGCCAGCAUCUACAUCUGAAUCAACAACAACAGCUGAAUCAACAACAACUGAAACUACAUCUACAACUCUAACAGAAACACCAACUACGCCAGCAUCUACAUCUGUAUCAACUACAACAGCCGAUCCAACAACUGAAACUACAUCUACAACUGUAACAGAAACACCAACUACGCCAGCAUCUACAUCUGAAUCAACUACAACAGCAGAACCAACAGCAACUGAAACUACAUCUACAACUGUAACAGAAACACCAACUACGCCAGCAUCUACAUCUGAAUCAACAAAAACAGUUGAAUCAACAACAACUGAAACUACAUCUACAACUGUAACAGAAACACCAACUACGCCAGCAUCUACAUCUGUAUCAACUACAACAGCCGAUCCAACAACUGAAACUACAUCUACAACUGUAACAGAAACACCAACUACGCCAGCAUCUACAUCUGAAUCAACUACAACAGCAGAACCAACAGCAACUGAAACUACAUCUACAACUGUAACAGUAACCCCAACUACGCCAGCAUCUACAUCUGAAUCAACUACAACAGCUGAACCAACAACUGAAACUACAUCUACAACUGUAACAGAAACACAAACUACGCCAGCAUCUACAUCUGAAUCAACUACAACAGCUAAAUCAACAACAACUGAAACUACACCUACAACUCUAACAGAAACACCAACUACGUCAGCAUCUACAUCUGAAUCAACUAUAACAGCUGAAUCAACAACAACUGUAACUACAUCUACAACUGUAACAGAAACACCAACUACGCCAGCAUCUACAUCUGAACCAACUAAAACAGCUGAACCAACGACAACUGUAACUACACCUACAACUGUAACAGAAACACCAACUACGCCAGCAUCGACAUCUGAAUCAACAACAACAGUUGAAACUUCAUCUACAACUGUAAAAGAAACACCAACUACAACAGCAUCUACAUCUGAAUCAACAACAACUGAAACUACAUCUACAACUCUAACAGUAACACCAACUACGCCAGCAUCUACUUCUGAAUCAACUACAACAUCUGAACUAACAACUGAAACUACAUCUACAACUGUAACAGAAACACCAACUUUGCCAGCAUCUACAUCUGAAUCAACAACAACAGCUAAAUCAACAACAACUGAAACUACAUCUAUAACUCUAACAGUAACACCAACUAGGCCAGCAUCUACAGCUGGACCAACGACAACUGUAACUACAUCUACAACUGUAACAGAAACACCAACUACGCCAGCAUCUACAUCUGAAUCAACAACAUUUGAAAUGUCAUCUACAACUGUAACACGCCAGACGCAAGCAUCUAUUUCUGAAUCAACUACAACAGCUGAACCAACAACUGAAACUACAUCUACAACUGUAACAGAAUCACCAACUACACCAGCAUCUACAUCUGAAUCAACAACAACAGCUGAAUCAACAACAACUGAAACUACAUCUACAACUCUAACAGUAACGCCAACUACGCCAGCAUCUACAUCUGAAUCAACUACAACAGCUGAACCAACAGCAACUGAAACUACAUCUACAACUGUAACAGAAACACCAACUACGCCAGCAUCUACAUCUGAAUCAACAAAAACAGUUGAAUCAACAACAACUGAAACUACAUCUACAACUGUAACAGAAACACCAACUACGCCAGCAUCUACAUCUGUAUCAACUACAACAGCCGAUCCAACAACUGAAACUACAUCUACAACUGUAACAGAAACACCAACUACGCCAGCAUCUACAUCUGAAUCAACUACAACAGCAGAACCAACAGCAACUGAAACUACAUCUACAACUGUAACAGUAACCCCAACUACGCCAGCAUCUACAUCUGAAUCAACUACAACAGCUGAACCAACAACUGAAACUACAUCUACAACUGUAACAGAAACACAAACUACGCCAGCAUCUACAUCUGAAUCAACUACAACAGCUAAAUCAACAACAACUGAAACUACACCUACAACUCUAACAGAAACACCAACUACGUCAGCAUCUACAUCUGAAUCAACUACAACAGCUGAAUCAACAACAACUGUAACUACAUCUACAACUGUAACAGAAACACCAACUACGCCAGCAUCUACAUCUGAACCAACUAAAACAGCUGAACCAACGACAACUGUAACUACACCUACAACUGUAACAGAAACACCAACUACGCCAGCAUCGACAUCUGAAUCAACAACCACAGUUGAAACUUCAUCUACAACUGUAAAAGAAACACCAACUACAACAGCAUCUACAUCUGAAUCAACAACAACUGAAACUACAUCUACAACUCUAACAGUAACACCAACUACGCCAGCAUCUACUUCUGAAUCAACUACAACAUCUGAACUAACAACUGAAACUACAUCUACAACUGUAACAGAAACACCAACUUUGCCAGCAUCUACAUCUGAAUCAACAACAACUGAAACUACAUCUAUAACUCUAACAGUAACACCAACUAGGCCAGCAUCUACAGCUGGACCAAAGACAACUGUAACUACAUCUACAACUGUAACAGAAACACCAACUACGCCAGCAUCUACAUCUGAAUCAACAACAUUUGAAAUGUCAUCUACAACUGUAACACGCCAGACGCAAGCAUCUAUUUCUGAAUCAACUACAACAGCUGAACCAACAACUGAAACUACAUCUACAACUGUAACAGAAUCACCAACUACACCAGCAUCUACAUCUGAAUCAACAACAACAGCUGAAUCAACAACAACUGAAACUACAUCUACAACUCUAACAGUAACGCCAACUAUGCCAGCAUCUACAUCUGAAUCAACUACAACAGCUGAACCAACAUCAACUGUAACUUCAUCUACAACUCUAACAGAAUCACCAACUACGCCAGCAUUUACGUCUGAAUCAACUACAACAGCUGAACCAACAACAACUGUAACUACAUCUACAACUCUAACAGAAAUACCAACUACACCAGCAUCUACAUCUGAAUCAACAACAACAGCUGAAUCAACAACAACUGAAACUACAUCUACAACUCUAACAGAAACACCAACUAUGUCAGCAUCUACAUCUGAAUCAACUAUAACAGCUGAACCAACAACUGAAACUACAUCUACAACUGUAACAGAAUCACCAACUACACCAGCAUCUACAUCUGAAUCAACAACAACAGCUGAAUCAACAACAACUGAAACUACAUCUACAACUCUAACAGUAACGCCAACUACGCCAGCAUCUACAUCUGAAUCAACUACAACAGCUGAACCAACAACAACUGUAACUUCAUCUACAACUGUAACAGAAUCACCAACUACGCCAGCAUUUAUGUCUGAAUCAACUACAACAGCUGAACCAACAACAACUGUAACUACAUCUACAACUCUAACAGAAAUACCAACUACACCAGCAUCUACAUCUGAAUCAACAACAACAGCUGAAUCAACAACAACUGAAACUACAUCUACAACUCUAACAGAAACACCAACUAUGUCAGCAUCUACAUCUGAAUCAACUAUAACAGCUGAACCAACGACAACUGUAACUACAUCUACAACUUUAACAGAAAGACCAACUACGCCAGCAUCUACAUCUGAAUCAACAACCACAGUUGAAAUUUCAUCUACAACUGUAACAGAAUCACCAACUACACCAGCAUCUACAUCUGAAUCAACAACAACUGAAACUACAUCUACAACUCUAACAGUAACACCAACUACACCAGCAUCUAUUUCUGAAUCAACUACAACAGCUGAACCAACAACUGAAACUACAUCUACAACUGUAACAGAAUCACCAACUACGCCAGCAUCUAUAUCUGAAUCAACUAAAACAGCUGAACCAACGACAACUGUAACUACAUCUACAUCUACAACUGUAACAGAAACACCAACUACGCCAGCAUCUACAUCCGAAUCAACAACAACAGUUGAAAUUUCAUCUACAACUGUAACAGAAUCACCAACUACACCAGCAUCUAUAUCUGAAUCAACUACAACAGCUGAACCAGCAACAACUGUAACUACAUCUCCAACUGUAACAGACACACCAACUAUGCCAGCAUCUAAAUCUGAAUCAACAGCAACAGCUAAAUCAACAACAACUGAAACUACACCUACAACUCUAACAGAAACACCAACUACACCAGCAUCUACAUCUGAAUCAACUACAACAGCUGAAUCAACAACAACUGAAACUUCAUCUACAAAUCUAACAGAAACACCAACUACACCAGCAUCUAUAUAUGAAUCAACUACAACAGGUGAAACUUUAUCUACAACUCUAACAGAAUCACCAACUACGCCAGCAUCUACAUCUGAAUCAACUACAACAGCUGAACCAACAACAACUGUAACUACAUCUACAACUCUAAAAGAAACACCAACUACGCCAGCAUCUACAUCUGAAUCAACUAAAACAGCUGAACCAACGACAACUGUAACUACAUCUACAACUGUAACAGAAACACCAACUACGCCAGCAUCUACAUCCGAAUUAACAACAACAGUUGAAAUUUCAUCUACAACUGUAACAGAAACACCAACUAUGCCAGCAUCUACAUCUGAAUCAACUACAACAGCUGAUCCAACAACAAUUGAAACUACAUCUACAACUCUAACAGAAACACCAACUACGCCAGCAUCUACAUCUGAAUCAACUACAACAGCUGAAUCAACAACAAUUGAAACUACAUCUACAACUCUAACAGAAACACCAACUACGCCAGUAUCUACAUAUGAAUCAACUACAACAGCUGAAUCAACAACAACAUCUACAACUCUAACAGAAACACCAACUACGCCAGCAUCUACAUAUAUAUCAACUACAACAGCUCAAUCAACAACAACUGAAACUAUAUCUACAACUCUAACAGAAACACCAACAACGCCAGCAUCUACAUAUAUAUCAACUACAACAGCUGAUCCAACAACAAUUGAAACUACAUCUACAACUCUAACAGAAACACCAACUAUGCCAGCAUCUACAUAUAAAUCAACUACAACAGCUGAACCAACAACAACUGAAAUUACAUCUACAACUGUACCAGUAACACCAACUACGCCAGCAUCUACAUCUGAAUCAACUACAACAGCUGAAUCAACAACAACUGAAACUACAUCUACAACUCUAACAGAAACACCAACUACGCCAGCAUCUACGUCUGAAUCAACAACAACAGCUGAAUCAACAACUGAAAAUAUAUUUACAACUCUAACAGAAACACCAACUACGCCAGCAUCUACAUCUGAAUCAACUACAACAGCUGAAUCAACAACAACUGAAACUACAUCUACAACUCCAACAGAAACACCAACUACGCCAGCAUCUACAUAUAAAUCAACUACAACAGCUGAACCAACAACAACUGAAAUUACAUCUACAACUCCAACAGAAACACCAACUACGCCAGCAUCUACAUAUAAAUCAACUACAACAGCUGAACCAACAACAACUGAAACUACAUCUACAACUGUAACAGAAACACCAACUAUGCCAGCAUCUACUUCUGAAUCAACUACAACAGCUGAUCCAACAACAAUUGAAACUACAUCUACAACUGUAACAAUAACAUCAACCUCACCGGUGACAUCCGAAUCAACAACAACAGCCAGAACAACAAUAACAUCUGUAACCAAAUCUACAGCUGUAAUAGGAACAUCAACUAUGCCAGCAUCUACAUCUGAAUCAACAACAACAGCAGCAGAACCAACAACAACUGAAACUACAUCUACAAUGGUAACAGAAACACCAACUACAUCAGCUGCAGUGAUAUCAUCUGCAUUAACAUCCACAACUCGAAAAGAAACACCAGCAUCUACCUCUGAAGUCACAAUAACUCAACCAACCAAUCAGUCAACACCCUCAUCUCCAGAAGCUGCCCUGCAAAAUACGACAGCAGUUGCAUAUGUAACUUUCAAAAUAAGAUCCUUUGUUGAGCUGAGCGAUGACAAAAUCAUUACAUAUAUUGAAAAGUUCUUCGAUCACUUACACACAAACAGUAGUGGGACCAUCAGGAUUACUGUGAAGAAAUCCAAAACAUUGUUGACCUAAGGAUCUGACAUGUAAAACUGCAAAAUUCUACAAAAAUCUAAGAAUGAAUAUGCCACUAUGAAAAUGUAUAUAUUAUUAUUAUUAUGAUUUAGGUGACACAUUUGUUUCCCUCAUCUCAAACAAUCUCUUGAGCUGUGUUGUGUAAUAUAUAAUAUUUUGUGGAUGUUAUUUAAUUUCUGCACCUUUCAGUGUGAUUAAAAAAAUCUAUAUAACAUUUCAAAGUUGUGGCAUGUCAGAAUUAGUAGCAUUCGUCUUAUACUAGCUUUAUAACU